UUUCUCUAUGAUCUAACCUAUGCAGCCAAUAUUUUGAAAAUGUGAAUACCGCGGGCCCCCAUAGGUUUACGAAGUAUUGGAUUUUGUAUUACAGGACAUUACUUCGAGUGUACUGAAAAUAAUACAUUUAUUUAGGAAUAUAAUAAUAUCAGGUUACUUAUAUGCAGGUUUUAUUAAGAUAUUGUUGAAUAUGAAUACUAAAGGUUUUUUCGACUUAUGUGUACCAGAAAAUCAUUUUACCAAAGAAAAUUGUGUUGCCACAUUAAAAGUCUUACGCCAAUAUGGUUAUCGAACUAUAGCAAUAAAUCAAGUAAUCAGAGAGAAACCAGAAGCUAAUAAAGAGAAUAAUAAAAAGAAAAAAAAGAAAGGAGAUGCAAAAGAUAAUAAUGAAUUAGUUCCAGAACCUAUUAAGAUAGAUGAAACUUUGUUGAAGGAUUUUGAAGAUAUGACUAUAUUGAAUAGGUUAACAGUCACUUUUUCUGAUAAAGAUUUUUAUUAUAAAGUUACAAAAUCUCCUAAUUUCAAAAAAUAUACUAUAUUAGCAGUUUUACCGACAACAAAAAUUGCAUUUAUGUUCAUAUGCACAAGUGUAGAAGCAGAUAUACUGACUUAUUGUGGAGAAGAAAAAGAAUUUAGAAUAGAUAGAAAUUCUUACAAUCAUCUCAUAAGAAAAGGAUUUUUCUUUGAAAUAUUGUAUGGUCCUACUAAAGAAGAUUCAACCAUAAGGAAAAAUACUAUAAAUAGAUCUCAUUUAUAUCAUUCUAUUGGAAAAUCAAGAAAUAUUAUUCUGUCAAGUGGGGUUUCGAAUUUAAUAUACUUAAGUAGUGCAUAUGAUGUUAUAAAUUUAGGUAUCAUAUUUGGUCUAAAUAUGCAACAAGCUAAAGAUGCUAUUUCUCAUCAUGGUUUGGAAUUAUGUCCUAAAGCAGUGGGACGAUGUCAUGGAAAAUCGAUUGUAAUGGUUGAAACAAUAGCAAGCAAUGAUGAUAUAAGUUUGAUAGAAAUUGAUGAUUCAGUUCAAAUUGUAGAAGAAAUAAGUACAGUUCAAAUUGAGGAUUCAGAUGAGGAAACUAUGCUACUAGAUGAACCAGUACCUAAAAAAAUGAAAAGAAAAAAAUAAUUUGUACUUAUCUACAUAAAUGUUGACUAUUAUUAAUUUUUAUUGAAAAUAAAUUAUUUCAAUGUUUAA